AUGAAGUGGAAGGAGCUGUCGGGAGUGCUGUGUGACAAUAGAAUGCCGGUGCACAUCAAGGGUAAAGUGUACAAGGCUGCAGUGCGUCCAGCUAUGUUAUAUGGGGCGGAGUGUUGGCCUUUAAAGAAACAACAGGAAAAUAAGCUGCACACUGCGGAAAUGAGAAUGUUGCGCUGGGCAGGUGGUGUGACAUUACUGGAUCGCGUACGAAACGUACACAUACGAGGCAGCUUCAGAGUAAAACCUACCCCUGACAAACUGGAAGAAACCCGACUCAGAUGGUAUGGUCACGUCAUGCGGCGACCACCUGACCACAUGACACAGAAAGUGCUGCACAUUUACCCACCGCCGUCGGCGAGGCGAGGAAGACCCCGACAAACAUGGAUGGCCACUAUAAAUAGGGACUUAAAGAAGGCAAAAAUACCAGCCCAGACGACCCGGGACAGACAGUCCUGGCGAAGAAUUACUAGGAGAGCCGACCCCAAAUGA